AUGAUGCAUCUUAGCAACAGAGCUGGAUUACCUCUCAUGGGUUUCUCUCAGGCUCUUCUUCCCAUGCUGUGCAGUCUCAAGUUCCUAUACCACUCCAUGAACUACACGGUGACGCCUAGAAUCACAUCGCCUGAUAGAGAUUUUAGUGCCAGUUUUAAUGUGGCACAAUCCAACUGGCUGAUUACUAGGCUUAGCAAAGAUGGGAAAGUUAGAGAAGCACGCCAAGUGUUCGAUGAAAUGCCUGACAAAGACGUUGUCACAUGGACAACAGUGAUCACGGGUUAUAUCAGAUGUGGGAUGAUGGAGGAGGCUAGGAGGCUGUUUGACAGAGUGGAUGCUAAGAAGGAUGUGAUCACUUGGACUGCGUUGGUCAGUGGGUAUAUAAGGCUAAAACAAAUUAAGGAGGCAGAGAGGUUGUUUUAUCAGAUGCCGGUGAAGAAUGUGGUUUCUUGGAACACCAUGAUUGAUGGGUAUGCACGGAAUUGUCAGGUUGAUAUGGCUUUGGAGUUGUUUGAGAGGAUGCCAGAGAAGAAUGUGGUAUCUUGGAAUACAGUUUUAACGGCUUUGGCACACUGUGGCAGAAUUGAAGAGGCAAGGAGGCGUUUUAAUUUGAUGCCGGAAAGGGAUGUUAUUUCGUGGACAGCAAUGGUUGCGGGAUUUUCAAGAAAUGGCAUGAUUGAUGAAGCUCGAGAAUUUUUUGAUAGGAUGCCUAAAAGGAAUGUGGUUUCGUGGAAUGCAAUGAUUACAGGCUACACCCAGAAUAUGAGAUUGGAUGAGGCUCUUGAAUUAUUUGAGAGGAUGCCGGGGAGGGACAUGCCAUCAUGGAAUACAAUGAUUACUGGUUUCAUUCAGAAUGGGGAUUUAAAGCGGGCGCAGGAAUUGUUUAUUCGGAUGCCGCAAAAGAAUGUCAUCUCUUGGACUACGAUGAUCACAGGGUAUGUACAAGAUGGGCAAAAUGAAAAAGCAUUGAUGUUUUUUUCAAAAAUGCUGGUGGAUAAUGGGGUGAAACCGAAUCAGGGAACUUUUGUGAGUGUUCUAAGUGCUUGUAGUAACUUAGCUGGUUUCAGUGAGGGACAACAAAUACAUCAGAUGAUAAGUAAAACAGUCCAUCAGGAAUGUGCAUUCUUGGUAUCAGCACUCAUAAACAUGUAUUCAAAAUGUGGUGAAUUAGUCGCUGCUAGGAAGAUGUUUGAAGAUGGAUUGACAACCCAUAGGGAUAUGGUCUCCUGGAAUGGUAUGAUCGCAGCCUAUGCACAUCAUGGAUGUGGUAUUGAGGCAAUUAACUUGUUUAAUGAAAUGCGGAAAUUAGGGUGCAAACCUGACAAUGUUACUUAUGUGGGGCUGCUUUCUGCAUGCAGCCAUGCUGGUUUGGUGGGGGAGGGGCUAAAGUAUUUUAGUGAACUUCUUAGAGAUGGGUCAAUACAAGUGAGAGAAGAUCAUUACACAUGCUUGGUUGAUCUCUGUGGUCGGGCUGGGAGGCUCAAAGAAGCUUUUAAUGUCCUUGAGAAGCUGGGGACUAAGAUAUCUGCAUCUGUUUGGGGGGCUCUUCUUGCUGGAUGUAAUGUUCAUGGCAACAUGGACAUUGGGAAGCUGGCUGCAGAGAAGCUUUUAGAGGAGGAGCCAGAGAAAGCAGGCACUUACUUGUUGUUGUGUAACAUAUAUGCUUCUUCUGGGAAAUGGAGAGAAGCUGCAAAGAUAAGGAUGAAAAUGAAAGAGAAAGGGUUGAAGAAGCAGCCUGGUUGCAGCUGGAUAGAAGUUGGAAAUAAGGUGCAUGUGUUUGUGGUUGGUGAUAAGUCUCAUUAUCAGUCUGAACUUAUAUAUUCUUUACUUUGCAAUCUACAUGAAAGAAUGAAGAAGAUUGGUUAUAUACCUUAUGAUGAUCUGACAGUAGAUGAUGAUUUUUCAUGA